AGAACAAAGACCAACGCUUAAAAUUCUUAUUUGAAAAUUCAGAAUCAAUAAAAUUGAAAUUCCGGCUCAGUCCGUGAACAAGAUCGAAUAGGUAAAUGACAGUACAAUGUGGGGUUGAGAUUUAAAUUUUCAUAUAUAUAUAUAUAUAUAUAUUCUCUCCUCUAUAAAAGGUCAAACUAUAACUCUACUACCUCAAAAAAGUUUAGAAUAAAUUAAUGAUGCUCCUUAGAAGCUCUUCAAGUCCAUUACUAAAACAGUACAAUUAUCCAUGGCUCCCACAAGAACCAAAAUACUUGUCAACAUUAACAUCAUCACCCUCUCAAGAUCAUCAACAUUCAGCACAAAAGAAGAUCAUGUCCAGAGCUUUAUCUGAAACUGAUCUCAAUUGGCCAUCUUCAUCAUCUUCAUCUUCAAGCAACUCAUGUUGCAUGCCCUUGCACAACUUACUACUUCCCAUCACAUUUGAUGAAGAGGACAAAGAAGCUGAGGUAGAAAUUAUGACAAAGGGGUUGAUGUUGCUUCCGAAUUCUGGGUUGGAAACGAUGGAUGGGUGCGAAGACACUAAGGAAGAGAAAAGACACACGAGGGCGGUGGAGCAGCUGGUGGUUGAGGGUGGAGGUAGUGGAGGAGCCGGUAGAGGAAAGAAAUGUGGUGGUGGUAGUGAUGAUUCUGAAUAUUGGGAUUCGUCAAAUCAUGGGAGUGAUCAUACUGAUAUGUAUUACACAAAAAUGAUUCAAGCCAAUCCUGGGAAUUCACUUCUUCUUGGAAAUUAUGCAAGAUUCUUGAAAGAGGUGCGUGGGAACAUGGAGAAAGCAGAAGAAUAUUGUGAGAGAGCGGUGUUGGCAAAUCCUAGUGAUGGAAAUGUACUCUCACUAUAUGCUGAUUUAAUUUGGAGAGCACAUAAAGAUGCCCCUCGUGCUCACAACUACUUUGAGAAAGCUGUUAAAGUUUCACCAAACGAUUGCUAUGUGUUGGCUUCCUAUGCGCACUUUCUUUGGGAUGCAGAGGAUGAAGAGGAAGGAAAAGAAAAGGAACAAGAAAAGAGAGAAGAGCAAAUGAGCAAUAAUAUUAACUUAUCAGAACCUAGUUUCAUCAUAUAACUCAUUGUCUGUAAGUUUAAUGUCUAUAUAUGUAGCAAAAAUAUAAUUAACCCUGCCAACAGUUUUGGUCUUUUUUAUAUCUACUUUCACCUUUUGGGUAGUUUUUCCUUUAACCUUUCAUUUCUGCUAUGGCUACUAAAGCAUUUUGAUGUAAUUUAGUUUUUGCUCUUUCUUGGCUUGGUUGUAACUAAGAAUGAAAUAAAUCAUGUUCAUGGAAAAA